UUUUGUGAAACACAAGCUAUAGAAUUCCGAAGAAUAGCUUCGCAGGCAGAGGAGUGGAUGCAUGCUUAAUCUCUUCAAGUUCAUGGUUUUUGAGGCACUGUUUGAUUAAUUUCUUCGAUCAUAUGGAGUGCAAUAUGGAAAUAAGUCCAAGCAAUGCACAUACUGCUUCUGUGGACAACACGUUGCAAUGGAGCCAGUGGCAGCUGCUGGAUUCUAUACUUCCAACAGGAGGUUUUGCUCAUUCGUAUGGACUUGAGGCUUCUUUUCAAUCCCGUUUCAUACUGAACCCUGAGGACCUGAAGUUCUAUGUUAUCCAGGUCUUGGAGAACACCGGGAGUCUUCUUCUUCCAUUUGUAUAUGCUGCCUGCAAAUCUCCUGACACUGAAACCUGGUUGAAACUUGACAGAUUGCUUGAAGCUACACUAACAAAUGAAGUCAGUAGAAAGGCGUCGGUUUCCCAAGGAUCAGCACUGAUGAGAGUAGCUGCAUCUGUGUAUGAUGAGAUUCCAUUACUUAAGAUAAUACGAGAAACGUACUUAGGUUCGGGAGGUGUUUUCUUCCACCAUGCACCGGUUUUUGGUCUCAUCUGGGGUCUUCUUGGCUUUGAUAGCAGCACAUGCCAGCGUGCUUACAUUUUCCUAACAAUGAGAGACAUUAUUUCUGCCGCAACAAGGCUGAAUUUAAUCGGACCACUUGGUGCAUCAGUAAUGCAGCAUCAGAUUGCACAUGAUGCAGAAGAAAUGGUCAAGAGAUGGAUGGACCGGGCGGUGGACGAGGCGUGCCAGACUAGCCCUUUGGUUGACACAUUGCAAGGUUGCCAUGGCUACUUGUUUUCGAGACUUUUCUGCUCUUGAAACCUCAUGACUGUGUUUGUGUAGAGUUGUGGAGGAUGUAGGGAAAAGAAAAGAAAGCAAGAAGGGAAACUGUUUUGUUAUGUUUGAUAGAACAAAGAAAAUGUAUUUAUAACAGUUUCGACAUUCUUUCUUUCGGUAAUUUAGUAAGCAAAAUGAAUUGGAUGAUU